CCAAAAAUAAAAAAAUUCACAAUGAGCAGUGAGAACCCUUACUUGGCUCAUUUGCCACCUUCGCAACGCAAAGCUGGAGGCAAAAACAAUACGGAUGCUUUCCAUGGUCUGGUGCCGCGCAAGACCACAGCUGAACAAGCCGAAAAGCUCGAAAACGGCACGUUUAAUCCCUACACCAACAAGCCUUAUACUGCACGCUACCAAUCGAUCUUGGAAGGCAGACGCAAAUUGCCCGUCCAUGCCCAACGUUCCGAGUUUCUUGAAAUGGUGCACUCGAACCAGUUCGUUGUUCUUGUGGGUGAGACUGGUUCCGGUAAAACAACACAGAUCCCACAGUUUCUUGUGUACGAUGAGUUGCCCCAUUUGAAGGGCAAACAGAUCGCCUGUACUCAACCUCGUCGUGUCGCAGCAAUGUCAGUGGCCCAGCGUGUGGCCGACGAAAUGGACGUUGAAUUGGGUCAGGAAGUUGGUUACAACAUUCGUUUCGAAGACAACACGAGCCCAAAAACCUUUUUGAAAUACAUGACCGAUGGUAUGCUUCUUCGUGAAGCCAUGUCUGAUCCCAAGCUGUCUCGUUACUCUGCCAUUAUUUUGGAUGAAGCUCACGAACGUACGCUUAACACGGAUAUCCUGAUGGGCCUUUUAAAAGAGAUUUGCAGGACACGUAAGGAUUUGCAAGUCGUUGUUAUGUCUGCUACUUUGGAUGCAGGCAAAUUCCAGAAAUAUUUUGACAAUGCACCAUUGCUGACGGUUCCCGGUCGUACUUUCCCUGUCGAAAUUUACUACACACCCGAGCCCGAGCGUGAUUACCUUGAAGCAGCCAUUCGCACUGUUGUCCAGAUCCACGUCAGCGAGCCCGAGGGCGAUAUCUUGGUCUUUUUAACGGGUGAAGAGGAAAUUGAACAGGCAUGUCGCAAGAUCAAGGCCGAAGUCGACGAACAAAUCCGACAAACGGACUGCGGUCCGAUCAAGGUCGUACCACUUUACUCGACACUGCCACCUUCUGCACAGCAACGUAUCUUUGACCGUGCACCACCGCCACGCAAGCCUGGCGGCACGCCUGGUCGCAAGGUCGUUGUCUCGACCAACAUUGCAGAAACAUCGCUUACCAUCGAUGGUAUCGUGUACGUCAUUGAUCCCGGCUUUGCCAAGCAAAAAGUGUACAACCCUCGUAUCCGUGUCGAGUCGUUGCUUGUCUCGCCCAUCUCCAAAGCAAGUGCUCAACAGCGCGCAGGUCGUGCAGGUCGUACACGGCCCGGUAAAUCGUUCCGUCUGUACACCGAAAGUGCCUUUAACAAGGAACUCAUCGAACAGACAUACCCGGAAAUUCUGCGAAGCAAUCUGGGCUCUGUCGUUCUUCAGCUCAAGAAAUUGGGUAUCGAUGAUCUUGUCCACUUUGACUUUAUGGAUCCUCCAGCGCCCGAGACCCUCAUGCGUGCCUUGGAAUUGUUGAAUUAUUUGGGUGCUUUGGAUGAUGACGGCGAGUUGACCCCCACGGGUGAAAUCAUGUCAGCUUUCCCGCUUGAUCCCCAGCUGUGUAAGAUGCUCAUCGAAAGCCCCAAAUACCGAUGCUCCAACGAGAUUCUCUCCAUUGCUGCUCUCUUAUCAGUUCCCCAGAUCUUUAUCCGUCCCAGCGAAGCACGCAAGCUUGCCGAUGAAGCCAAGGCCAACUUUACACAUGGCGACGGUGAUCACCUCACAUUACUGAACGCAUACCAUGCCUACAAGACCAACAACGACAGCGGCGACUGGUGCUGGGAGAACUUUUUGAACCAUCGAUCGCUCAAGAGUGCCGACAACGUCCGACAGCAGCUGAAGCGUACCAUGGAGACGUGGGAUCUGGAUCUUGUGUCGACGCCGUUUGAAGAUAAGGCUUAUUUUACCAACAUCCGCAAGGCCAUGACCGCAGGUUUCUUUAUGCAGGUGGCACAUUUGGAACGCUCGGGCCAUUACUUUACCAUGAAGGAUAACCAGCCUGUCCAACUCCAUCCAUCGAGCGGUCUUGGCCACAAGCCCGAAUGGGUCCUUUAUCAUGAAUUCGUAUUGACUACGCGCAACUAUAUCCGUACUUGCACCGAAGUAAAGGCAGACUGGCUCUUGGAUAUAGCCCCAAACUAUUACAAUAUGGGCAAUUUCCCUCAAUCGUCAGCGAAACGCGCGUUAGAAAAACUGAUGAACCGGCGGGCGCGUGUGGUCGACGAAGAUAGAAAUUCCAAAAAGAGAAGAAGCUAGAUUUUGUUUCCCCAUCUUGAACCGUUUUUCAUAUUACAAAAUUCCUUUGCAUUCAUUAUUAAAACUGUACCUAAAUUCCCUUAGUGGAAAGAAAAAAGAGAUGAGCUCUUAUCACUGCAUAUUAUCAUUCCACUGUCUUUUUCCACUGGUUAGCUGGCUGUCAUUAGUAUCUGUUGUGUGGAUACAACACGCCAGUAAAAGCUUUAGAUAUCAUGGUGCGAUGAGUUGCUGCUAUGAUGAUACCAUAGCACAGAG